AUGCACUGUGGCUUGGAGUGCAAGCUUGUGAACUCAAAGAUCUCAACAGACUACGAGGACAUCAUAUCAGCAAGUGAACUUCUACAGUCAGGUCCUCCUGCUGUCUACCAGCUUAAAUCAGAGAAAGAACUUAUUGGAACUCUCAAGAGAAUGACAGUUGGGAAGAGAAAUCCAACUAAAGUAAAUAAAACAAUCUUACUUGUUGGUGAAACAGGAACAGGAAAAUCUACUUUGAUCAAUACUCUGGUAAAUCAUGCCAUAGGGGUGAAGUUUAGGGAUGAUGUAUGGUUUCAGAUUGUGGAAGAAGAAGACAGAAGUCAGGCAGAAAGUCAGACAUCAGAUGUGAUCGUGUACCAGAUCUUUGGUUUUGAGGGUAAAACUUUGCCUUUCUCUCUGACCAUCAUUGAUACUCCAGGAUAUGGAGACACCAGAGGGCUGGAAAAGGACGCCAUUGUCCGUCAAAGAUUGUUGGAUUUGUUUAGCUCUGAAGGUGGAGUUGAAGAAAUCAACAUGGUUGGUCUGGUAGUGAAGGCGAGUGUGAAUCGAGUCAGUUCUCGUUUGAGAUACAUCUUUGAUUCAGUGAUGUCUCUGUUUGCAAAAGACCUGGAAAACAGCAUUGUAGCUCUGAUGACUUUCUCAGAUGGGAGGUUACCAAGAGAUGCUCUACAGGCUCUUGAGGCAGCAGAUAUUAAAAUGGCCAAAAAUGAGAAAGGGCAACCUCUUCACUUCCUGUUCAAUAACUGUCAGGCAGAGACAAGAGAUGAAGAAGAAGAAGAUUCCAUAGAAUAUGCAUGGCGGCAAACAGCAAAAGGAUUGGAAAAGUUUGUCAACUUCCUGGAAAAAACUGGACCCAAAAAGCUGAAAACAACCAAAGAGGUUCUUAAUUCCCAAAUUCGCCUAACAGCCUCCAUCCACAACCUGCAAGAGCGAAUCAAAUCUGCUGAAAAGAUGAAGGAUGAGAUAGAAAAAACAAAGAUAAUGCUGGAAAGGUUCGAAAAAGAUCUGAUUGAUGACAAAAACUUUACAAUAGAGGUGAUAGAGAAUUACAAGAGCCUUGAGUCCUACAAUCCAGAAAGUUCAUGGUCAUGGCUUAUUUUGGGCUAUGAUGGAGUCACUCGUUGCGAAAUCUGUGAGGAAAACUGCCAUUAUCCAGGAUGCACUAUGGCUUGGGUUGCAAGCCACUGUGUGGUCAUGAGUAAUGGUCGCUGCAAUGUUUGUACACAAAGCUGUUCUGCAGAGAAACACGUUAAAGACACACAGAGGUAUGUCAACAAGACCAGAACAGUGAAGAAAACUUUAGAUGAUGUCAAGAAAAAAUAUACAGCAUCAGUGAGGGAUACAUCAAGCGUGCUUAGAGCCCUGGAUCAGAAGAUGGAGGAGGUGGAAAAAGAAAUAACACAAUGGCUAGAUGAAGCCUUCAGGCAUGUCCUGAAGAUAAAAGAGAAUGCGCUGAGCGUGAGAACAGUUUCCACUGAGGCUUACUUAGGUGUUCUCAUCAGAAGGAUGAAGCAGGAAGGGGAUGUUUCGAAAAUCAAAAUACUGGAAGAGAUGGCCGGUCAGGUCGAUGAAGGAACCAGCAAUUUGCUGAGGAGGAUCUUUAAUGAAGCAUAA